AACACACAAACUUUGAAAAUGGAACGUUGGCAGAAAAAAGUCGCUGUUGUUACCGGUGCCAGUUCGGGUAUUGGCUCGGCCAUUGUUAAAGAUCUGCUUAAGGCAGGCGUACAAGUAGUGGGUUUAGCCAGGCGCAAAGAACGUGUUGAAGAACUCAGAGACAGUUUGUCAGCCGACCAAAAAUCUCUAUUAACUGCCAUCAAAUGUGAUGUUUCCAAGCAACAAUCGGUCAAUGAAGCGUUCGAUGAAAUUAUUGCGAAAUUUGGUGGUGUCGAUAUUCUGGUCAACAAUGCUGGUUGCGCCAAAGCAGGCCAAUUGGUUUCCAUGGAUGUGCAGGAUAUUCAAAAUGUAUUGCAAACAAAUGUCAUGGGCAUUGUCUACUGUACACAAAGAGCCUUUAAAUCCAUGAAGGAGCGAAAUGUUGAUGGCCAUGUUGUGCUCAUUAAUAGUGUAGCUGGUCAUAGUGUUUUUCCUGGUGUAAUGAAUAAUAUGCCUACCACGAAUAUUUACUCACCAUCGAAGUUUGCUGUAACAGCUAUAACAGAAAUCUACAGGCAGGAAUUUAAGGGUUUGGGCACCAAAAUUAAAAUUACUAGCAUCAGUCCCGGUUUGGUGGAUACCGAAAUCGUUAGUGAUCCCUUGAAGGAGGCUAUGAAAGAUACUAUUCUCAAUGCUCAUGAUAUUUCAAAUGCUGUUUUAUACACUCUCUCUACUCCACCUCAUGUACAAAUUCACGAAAUAACUAUCAAACCAGUUGGUGAAAAAUUUUAAUACUUAAAUGUGUAUGAAAAUAGAUUAUACCU